AUGCCUGGGCCCAUGCCAUCUGCCUCUUCGCAUCAUGGCAUCGACACGUCGAUUCGACAGAUAUCCACCGCGCAGGCGCUAGAGCGGACGCGGCAGUUGUGGGAAAGCGUGAAGCAGCGAAGCAAUGAGGAUGACCUUUUGCCGCGGAGCAAGUACGUCGAAGUACUCCGCUAUACAGCACGGCGAAUUCUGGUGAAGCUAGAAGACGCCGGCUUUGAGGCCGAUACGUGGAGGACGUACACGAGCUUCAUCGCGCAGGCCAUCCUCGCCUACGGUACGUCAGAGGCGCAGUCCUACCUCUGUAUAGUGGAGCGGCUCAUGAGCGCGGUGCUGGCCUUCUCAACGCUGCCGGUGCCACUGCUAAAGGAGUACCUCCACUGCACCGCGGCGCAGAACACGCAGCGCAACGAGGAGCUGCCCGCUUAUAUGGCCAGUAAGCCGUUCGGUAAGCUUCCAGCGCUGGAGCCGUUGCCGGAUCUGGAGUAUGAUGAUGACUUUGUCGCCUGCGUCGCCCCGUGCCCUGUGAUGGACGUGAUUAGCGUGCUGGAGCGACUGCCGAGGCAGCUGACCUUUGCCCAUAGUCACGGCAUCGUGCACCUAAGGCUGUGCAACCCGCUCAAAAUUCCCGGCUGCGCAUACGUGUCAGCUGGUUACUCUUGCGACACAUGUCACCUGCGCGGCAUCCGCGUCGGCUUUCAGGCUAUGGUCUAUGACAAUGAAGAGGCGAACGGUGCGCAGUCGCAGUACAAUGUGCGCAGUGAAGCGCAAAUUAGCAGCAGGAAGAGUUAUGGCUUUGACGUGUGCGUGGCGUGCGCCGUCUUCUUUUACGCGCGGCAACAGCAGCACCUACUUGCCCUUAUGCGUGCACCCCAUUUCACCUACGCGUUCGGCCACGCGGCUGGCGUGAAGGUCUUGUCUGCCAGCUACCGUGCGCGCUGGAAUUCUGUUAGCCAUGAUACCACGAGCUUUCAGCACCUUGGCGUCACUGCCACGUCGCUGUCGUCUCAGAAGGCUUCCGGCUCCAUUGUGGCUACCGCGGCUCAUGAGAACAGCGACAACUUGUCGUACGCAGUCGUCGGCUACACCACCAGCAGCUUCGGCUCUGAGGAAGGGGCUGCAGUAGUCAAGAGUAUGGCGAUCAAGCGUCCCCCUGGGCGACCACCAGUGCGUAAGGUGAGCGGCAAUGCCACGGCAGCGCCGCAGCCACCAGUGACGCGCUGUGUGGUGAGUGCCGGCUUCGUUGUUUCCUUUACGCUCAGCCUCGCCCCGUACGGCGCGCGGCCCAUUGCAUGGGUGCUGAGCGACGCUGAGAAGAGCAUUGACAUGCAACGUCUGGACGACAUGCUAGUCCGGGGACUGGGUCCCGGGUCGGACUGGCGGUCGCGCGUGGCGGUGCGUCGAAAAACGCAGGUGCCGUUGCGUACUGCGGUGACUCGCAGGUCGGCAGCAGAUGUGCCGGCGGCAAGGGCGCAUUCGACGACGCCAGUGAAGAGCAGUCACGCGUCCAAUCGGCCAUUCGGUGGGAAGACUCUUCCCUACGGACCAACACUACUGCCGCGGGUGCUCGGCACGAACAGUCGGCUGGUGGACGUGACCGAUGACUUGGAGACCUGCGCCAUCUGUCUGUGCCCGGUUGAAGGCGAGAACCCUAUCAUCGAGACGAGUUGCCACCACUGGUUCCACGUUGGCUGCAUCGAGGAACACACUCACACUGCUGGAGACGUCUGCCCUCUCUGCCGCGCCACUCAUGUCCUCCCCGAUAUGUCUCGUGCCACGGCACUUGCGAAGAAUAUUUACCACGUGGAGGUAGCGCUGACGGACGAGGAGUGCUUGUGGCCGUGUGUCGAUGUCUGCGUUGGCGUCAUCCUCACUCGCGACGGCAAUUACCGUAACGCUACGAGCAUCGCCGCUGCCGAGUGCGUGCGCCUCUACCCCAACCAGGUGAAGGGGCCUGGUUGGCAGGCAUCGCAGGCAUGCUCGUGA